AUGGGAGCCUUAUAUUUUCAAGUGCCUGCAGAGUUUGGUAUCGAUAAGGAUAUUCAUAAUGUCAAUGAUCUUGUUGAAAAUGGCAUGUGGAAUGUGGAUAAAAUGUUUGAGAGCCUACCUGAAGAUUUGGCACACCACAUUGUGCAGAAUAUUGGACCACCAACUGAAAGUUCACAGUUAGAUACUCCUUUCUGGAUGCUUGAAACAAGGGAACAUUUUACAGUAAAGUCUGCAUGGGAUUACCUGCGGAGGAGAGCCAACCCAAGAUUAGCUUACAAGAUGAUAUGGGUAAAAGGUUUACCUUUCAAGAUAUCCUUCUUCCUGUGGAAGAUCCAAUGCAGCUACAAGUGUUUGGAGUUACUUCCUGAGGAGGCAGGAAUUGCAUUAGAAGGGUUGUCAUUACAUCAAGCAAUUACAAAGUGUUGGACAACAGCAGUUGUACCUAGAUUGAAGCCAGUAUUACAGGCUUUACCUGCAUGCAUCGUAUGGGAACUGUGGAAGAGAAGAAAAAGUUUGAAAUAUGGAGAAGUACUGUUAGUGAGCAGAGUUAUUUUCCAGGUGUCAUCUACUUUGCAAUAUCUGGUCCAACUGAAAAAGCCUGGACUACAUGUGCCUCACAAGUGGCUGGACUUACUGACAAUGAUGGAGCACUACAUACCACGACUGAAAUAUGAUAAAGUUUUAUGGGAAUAUCCUUCAAGAGGAUGGAUCAAAGUGAAUACGGAUGGAGCAUGUAGAGGGAACCCAGGGAGGAGUUCAAUUGGUUUCUGCAUAAAGGAUGAGGCAGGUGAUUUGAUAUAUGCAGAAGGAAGGGAGAUUUUUGAAGGAACCAACAAUGAAUCAGAAGCGGUAGCUAUUGUGGAGGCAUUGAAGAUGUGCAAAAAUCUUAAUUAUUACCAAAUAUGGCUGCAGACAGACUCUAUGCUAUUAAAGAACAUUACAGAAGAAUCAUGGAAGCCUCCUUGGUAUAUUACUGAACAUGUAGAGGAGAUUUUAAGGAUGAAGGAACAAAGUACCAUCAAGGUCACACACAUAUUCAGAGAAGGGAAUACAUUAGCAGACCAUCUUGCCAAUUAUGCUCUAGAUGAAGGAAAUACUGAAUGCCAUGGUUUCUGGGAGCUGGACUCAAAAGGAAGGAGGAUUAUUAACGAAGAUAAGAUGAAAUGUCCUUACAUAAGAGUGAAGUUUGCAAGGAACUAG